ACAAGUGAAAAAUGUCAUCCAAUUGGGUCAAUUGGACCAAACUAAUUUUUCAAAAAAAUUCAGUUUUGUAAAUUAUGUCAGCCUCAUUUUCAUAAUGAUAACAAAAACGAUAGACGCAGGUUUAAGAAGCACAUUUUAAUAAUCACAGUUUAAUUUAUUAUUGAGUCAACUACAUUGGUUUUCGUGCACAGUGUAUGCAAGUGGUCAUACUAAAUGCCGCGCUGGCGGCAAGGUGGCCAAGAGCUCUGCGAUGCUCAGUUUGGAGCAGGAAACUGGAGCUUGGGAUUCUGUGCUACUUGAACCGUUUACGGAAGAUACUUUUGUAACUAACCUUCAACAGCGUUUCAAACGGGAUCACAUAUACACUUACAUUGGAAAUAUUCUAUUGUCGAUAAAUCCGUAUAAGAAAUUAGCUUUGUAUUCAACUGAUCUGGCGGAAACGUAUGUGAAAAGAGGUCCAUUCCAAUUACCGCCACACAUAUAUGCUAUUGCUGCAACUGCCUAUCGGUGGAUUAAUGAUCGAAAUGAAGACCAGUGCAUUGUUGUUACAGGUGAAAGUGGUUCAGGAAAAACAGAAGCAGCAAGAAUUGUUCUUCAAUUUCUGGUGCUUGUUUCCAGUGACAAUAAAGAAGCAAAAAUUAUGAAAGAUAGACUGGUGCAGGCUAAUACAUUACUAGAGGCUUUCGGAAAUGCAAGAACAAUGAGGAAUGAUAACGCAUCUAGAUUUGGCAAGUUUUUGGAUAUUGAGUUCGAUUAUAAAGGUGAUCCGGUUGGUGGCCAUUUAAUGCACUAUUUAUUGGAGAAGUCGAGGACAACAAAUUUAGUAUUAGGUGAUCGCAAUUUUCACAUCUUCUAUCAACUGCUGUCCGGAGCUGAUAUUCAUUUUUUAAAAAAUUUGAAAUUGCAACGUAACGUGGAACAUUAUUGCCUUCUCAUAACAGAAGAUAAUCAAUCGACGCAAGCUGAAGAGGAAGAUAAGAAAUUGUUUCUGUAUACUCGAACAGCACUGGAGGUGUUAGGGUUUUGUGUCGAGGAUGUUAUCAAUAUAUUUAGAGUGAUUGCUGUAGUUUUAAAGUUGGGAAAUUUACAGUUUGUGCCUUGUAAUAAUAUUGAUGGCACUGAAGGUUGUGCUAUCAAAAAUGAUUAUGAGUUGUAUGAAAUUUGUGAGCUGCUAGGCGUGGAACACAAAUGGCUACAGAGAGCUUUAACUUGUCGUCACAUGGAUGGUGGUGUUUUAAGUGACUUAAAUGCUGGCGAUGCAUCAAGGACCAGAGAUCUUUUAUGUAGAACUCUUUACAGCAGACUAUUUACGUGGCUUGUAAAUAAAAUUAAUAUUAUUAUUAAAGCAAGGCAUUUUGGUAAACGAAAAGUAUUGGGAGUGCUCGAUUUUUAUGGAUUUGAAGUUUUCGAAAAAAAUGGCUUUGAACAACUUAUGAUUAAUUACUGUAAUGAAAAAAUACAUCAGCUAGUGAUUAACUUAACAUUGAAGAACGAGCAGGAAGAAAUUGUUAAAGAGGGAUUAGAAUGGUCGCGGAUAGAAUUUUUCAAUAAUAAUCAAAUUUGCCAAUUACUGGAACACGAAAAGCAUGGAUUAUUGUCGUUAUUAAAUGAACCACAUGUACAGUGUGAUUCAAUGUACUGGACGCGCGUGGAGCAAUGUUGUACUGGCCAUACACACUGUCUAACAACAGACCCAAAUUUGCCACCGUUUUGCUUUCAAAUCCGGCAUUAUGCGGGAACUGUAGUGUAUAACAUUAACGAGUUUGUUGACAAAAACAGAAAUUUUUUACCAAAGGAAAUCUCACGAGCUAUGUUUCAUUGUGAUCAUCCACUUAUGCCAGUUUUAUUUCCUGAAGGGAAUCCCAAACGGUGUAGCAUCAAACAGCCCUUACCUAUUUCGACGCAGUUACGUGUUGCUCUUACCUCUUUGUUAAAUAGCUUAAGUAGUCGUCAAAUGCAUUACAUUAGAUGCUUAAAGCCAAACGAGCUCAAGCAACCGAGAAUCUUUGAAAUGGCCUUAGUACAGCAUCAGGUCCGCUACCUUGGCUUAAUUCCAACUGUACAAAUUUGGCGUUCGGGUUAUUGUUAUCGACUUCCAUUUGCACAAUUUCUAUGUCGAUACAAGAUGUUAUGCGUCCACACGUGGCCUCGCUGGCGAGGUUCAUCGGUGGAGGGUGUAUCCCUUUUGAUACGUUCAUUGCCAAUACCUAGCGCCGAAUUCGUCUUCGGAAGAACCAAACUUUUCGUCCGAAGUCCGAGGACCGUUUUCGAGUUGGAGGACUUUCGACGGAUGCGUCUGCACGAUCUGGCGCUGUUAAUUCAAAAACAUUGGAAAGGUUAUAGACAGCACAAUAAAUAUAAAAAGAUGAAACAUAGUCAGAUAAUUAUUUCUUCGGCCUGGCGCAGUUGGCGGGCAAAAGAAGAAUUUCGAAUUUUGAAACAUAGGAAAGAAACUGAAUGGGCUGCUAGUGUUAUUCAGAGGCAUUAUAUCCAAUGGAAGCGAAGACAUUUUCUUAUGAAGCUCGCCACCAUGUUACCAGAGGACGUUAUCUCACCCUUAUGUAUGGAGUGGCCUAAAUGUCAUCCAAAAUUAUCUGAGACCAAUGCGCUUCUUCGAAUGAUACACCAUCGGUGGCGAUGUUAUAAGUACCGUCUUAAAUUUGACCAAACCGCUAGAAAUCGUAUGCGUGAAAAAGUUACGGCUAGUUUUAUUUUUAGAGAUAGAAAAACUUCAUAUCCAAGAAGUGUAUCACAUCCUUUUCUGGGUGAUUAUGUUAGAUUACGCCAAAAUGUACAGUGGAAAAAAUUAUGUUUGGAGACAAAUGAUCAAUACGUAGUAUUUGCAGAUAUAGUUAAUAAAAUCGCUCGAUCUAGUGGAAAGUUUGUUCCUAUUUUACUGGUUGUAUCUACGCAUUCCAUGUUAAUAUUGGAUCAACGUACCUUGCAAAUAAAAUAUCGUGUGCCUGCAGCAGAGAUAUAUCGGAUAUCUCUUUCUCCUCUCCUUGACGAUGUUGCAGUGGUCCAUAUUAAGGCUUUUUGUCCCCAGCCUUCCUUUGGAAACCCAGAAACUUCUAGUAAUACUUCAGAUGCUACCGGCUGCUUAUUUCAGAGUGAUUUAAGUAAGAAAAAAGGAGAUUUUGUUUUUCAAACUUGUCAUCUAAUAGAAGUUGUUACAAAAUUAUUCUUAGUUGUUCAAAAUGCGACGGGGAAGUCUCCCGAAGUUAACAUUGCGACAGAAUUUGAAGCGAAUUUUGGAUCACAGACAGUAAUGUUUACCUUUAAGUGCAUGGGUAUACCAGAAGUACAAGGUGGACAAAUGCGUGUUGUUCGAAAAGGUAAUAAAAUGGAAGUGCUAGUGUGACGUCAUGCAAAACAUAUCUGUAAGACCAGCGUUCUAAUCACUGCCAUUAGAAUUUUUGAAUUAUUCCAAAACGACACAAAUUUUGUUAGUUGUAUAAUUCGUGUCUUCUAUCUAAUUGAUUAGAGCAAUUUCUUAAUUUUAUUGGGGUGUUGGCACAUUGUUUAUUUUUUUGUUAUUUUAUUCACUUCCAUAAUGUUAUGAAUGUUUAUAUAGACAGUGUAUAAAUGUUAUUUGUUAGAUCUCGACACUUCAUGUUAGAAUUGAAUUAGUCGAUUUUGUUACAUUUGUUUAACGGUGAGGCGCUAUAUUAAUAAAUUGUAAAGCAAUAAUUUCACAUUAAAAUAGUUACGUGCUCCUUCUCAAAAAUUAAUUACAUUUCUUGCUAAUAAUUGAUAUGUAAUUUUGGCGCUGCAACUGUGAUUUAAUACCAAAACAACGACCGAAUAAAACUGAUUGCAUCCGGUUACACAGUUUAAGAAUAACCGUGGUUUAAAGCUAUGGUCAGAUUUUCAAACACAAUUUCAGCGCCAUCUACAAGUUUUCUAAAAUCUUAAAGUUUGGAAAGAAUUAGUCUAAGCAUUGAAUUUAUAACAUAAAUUCAAUGGUCUAAGUAUCAUAAUUAUUACACACUCUGUUGCUUUCCUAAAUACUUUUAAGGUCAACUAUAUAUUAUAAACAUAUUUUUAACUUGAGAACUAUUUUACUUCUAUUACAAUUGUUAUUUGUUAGUACGAUAUUAUUAAUAUUCAAUUUCCUAAAGUAAACGUAAACUUUUGAAGCACUAAUAUAGGUAAGACUCAAUUGAAAAAUUAACUGAGAAGUCUAGUAUUAUAUUCAAUUUUGAUACAAUUAGGUAAUUGUUAUUCAAAAACUGAGCGAUAUCCAUUAAUUCGAAAUUAUAAAUUUAUUCGAGUAAGUACCAAAAAAAUUAGUUGUUACCUGCCAUAGAUAUUUACUUUGUAUCU